AUUAAUGGUGCAUUAUGGGAGAGGAAAACAGUCUGUGAAAAGUCUGCUAAAAGAGAGGGAUAUGCCAUCUGCCACCACUGAAAGGGGAAAUAACUUCACCAUUAUGGACGGAUCAGUAUUAAAAUGCACACAGGAGUCUCUAGGUAGAGUUAUUCGGAAACCACCUCUCACUGAGAAGCUGUUGAAUAAGCCUCCAUUCCGUUAUCUGCACGACAUAUUCACUGAGGUUAUAAGAACGACAGGUUUCCUGAAGGGCUUGUAUACCAGUUCAGAGUUGAACUCUGAGAAUGUUAAGGAUAAAGAUGCAAAAAUAACUUUCCUGCAGAAAGCAAUUGAUGUUGUAAUAAUGGUAUCAGGAGACCCUCUAACUGUAAAGCCAGCACGUGUGGUAGCAGGCCUUGAACCUGAGAAAACUAAUGAACUACUCCAAGCUCUUGCAAAGUGUUGCCUAAAUAAGCUGUCCAGUGAUGAUGCUGUCAGAAGAGUCCUUGCUGGUGAUAAACCAGACCUGAAAGGAAAACCACCGUCUACUUUGAAGUCUCAAGACAAAGAGAACAAAGAUUCUAAGGAAGAAGAUCGCAACAAGAAUCGGGAGAAGGAGGGAAAAAGAGAUUCUGAAAACCGAGACAGAAGUGUAAGCAAAGAUAGAAAAGAUAAACAGCAGGCUAAAGAAUCUGGUAAACUGACAGACAAAGAAAAGACCAGUCAAAGGGACCAUGAGAGAUCAGGCAAAACCCGGGACCGUAACAGGCCUGAAAGAGAAAAUGAAAAGAGCAGGGACAAAGAUAAAGAAAGGGGAAAAGAGCACAGCAGGGAAAAACAGCAAGGAAGGGUUCAGGACAAAGAACAAGACAAUAGAGCCAAAGAAAAGGAGAAGGACAGAGACAAAGUUAAACAAAGAGAUCGAGAAAGGGACAAAAAUCGUGAAAAGGAUCGAGACAGAGAAAAAGAGCAUGUCAGGGAGAGAGAGAAACAACUAGAACGGGAGAAGGAAAGAGAGCGCUCAAACAACAGAGAAAGAGAACAUGACAGAGAAAGAGAAAAACGACCAGAGCGGGAUAAGAUGAGAGAACACUCAAGAGACCAAGAGAAAUCCAAAGAAGUGGUUAGGGAAGAAAGAAAGUCCAAAGGUACAGAGGAGAGCUCUCUUAAGAAAACAGAUGCUGCUAAAAUAGAGAGCAAGGCCGGCAUUGACAAAGAGGCUGAAAGCCCUGCAAGAAUACCUCGUCCAUCUUCAGCAAAAGGUCAAAGAAGACGACUUAAGCCUGGACUAGAAGCUGAUUCAGACAGUGAUACAGGUGCAGAUACUGAAGUUGGGCAGGAAGUCAGUGAGAAACCAUUGGAGUUGGAGAAUGGAGAUAUAUCAGAUGAACUUCACCCAUAUGUCACACAAAGGAAAAUUCCACGUCCAAGCAGUGCCAGGCCAGCACCUCCCAGAGUAAAACGACAGGAAUCUACAGAAAUAAUCCCACCGGAAAGACUUGGCAGUGGGAAACAAGAAUCCAGAAUGAUUGUUGAAAAGAAGGCAAACUCUAAUGAACAAGAUGAUGAUGAUGAGCAGUUUGUUGUAGAAGAAGCAGCUCCUGUUCCACCAGAUAUGCCUGAUAUGGAAACAGAAACUUCUGUGAUGGUCAAUGAAAAUGAAAAGCAUGGUGGACUUGUCAAGAAGAUUUUAAAAACAAAGAAAGAUUAUGAAACAACUCAUUCAUUACCAGUGUCAAAAGAGCAGGGUAAGUCAUCAGCUGUAGAAAUAACACGGAAUAAGGAAAAGGACUUUGUUUCUAAAGAGAUUGAGAAGUUACGAACGUCCGUCCAGAGCCUAUGCAGCAGCGCCAUGCCCCUUGGAAAGCUAAUAGAUGGGAUCCUGGAAGACAUUGAUUCAAUGCAGAAUGAGAUUCGCAUGUGGUGUAGGGAAAAUGAAGAACUUGCAGGUGCCCUGCUCAGAGAACAAAGCAUUACAGAUAGUGUUCUGGAACCCCUAAAGGCUGAGUUGCAAGAGUUAGACCAGCAGAUCAAAGACCAGCAAGACAAGAUCUGUGCUGUUAAAGCCAAUGAACUAAAAAAUGAAGAAAAAAUUAAGAAAAUGAUCUACAGCAUCAGUGCCUCUGCUCGGACAUAACAAACACGCUGGAAGACCAGUUUACAUUUGUGAUUUACUGGUCCAUUCAAGGAGAAGAUCUUGUUUCCUUUUGUUUUUAGUUUUAAAAACAAGUAUUUUGCCUGAUGGAUUAUGAUCUGCACUGGAGCAAGUCGCACUUUAUGUGAGAAUAUGUCUUUUGAUAUACAAUGUUGGGGAAGACAUUUCAUAGUUUAAACACUCAUGGCAUUCUUUUUAAAAAUAAAAACCUCUUCAAACUCCA